UCUUCAUUUAAUAAUACCCACACACCACUUCCAAAAAUAAUACAACACCCUCAACCUCUCCAAUUUUACUUGUUUGAUUUAUCCACACUGAUACAACAGAACACAAUCAUGCUCUUCUAAGAACUAUCAGCACAAACAGAUCUCAGGUCCUUAACUGGUUUGACAAUCUGGCGAAAUUCCACUGCAAAAGGUCUGAUUCGAUUGACAAAUAUUCAUGGAGCUUUGAAGUGCUGCAGCAUCAGCAAUUCAGCAUAUACAACUCUGGCCAACUCUACACCUUCAACACCAACUGUAGCAGGGGUUGGUCCUUGGUUUUCUGGAUCCAGGUCUUGUUUGGACUGGGGCCUGUCACUUGUCCUGCGUCUUCCAACGGAUUAUGGCUAACUUCUGAUACACUCUUCUCCAAUGUGAUUUUCCAUUCUCUCAAACAAUCGCUAGGUUAUUUGCUAAACUAUCAGAGUAGAGAUGUAGAGAUGUGAGCGACAACAAAAUUGUACAACUAGUACUAAGUUUGAAAGUGCAAAGAAGAUUGGAUAAAAAGGAAACAAGCUUUAUCUUCUGCCAUGGCCAUGUGUAGGUGUGUGUCUGUUUUGACUGGAUGGAAGGAGAAGAACAAGGGCAGCAGCAAACGAUAUUCAAAAGGGGACCUUCACGCUCCACUUGUAAAAGAACAGCAGCCGAGGAUGAGUCGUGAUUUGAAGCCAGCCACCCUUGAUGUUAUAGUCUCCUGUGGUGUCCAGAAGAAUUCGAAGUACAAUGAGAAGAUUAUGAAUCUUGAGAGUCCUGUGAAGACUGAAGCAGAGGAUGCUUAUGAGGGAGAAGAUGAGCAUGAAGAUUCACCCUCCAUCAAGAGGGAGCUUUCUGAUUUUGAUCUACAAGCCCAUGAAGCUGUUGCAAGUGAAGGAUGCGAUCCAGCAGAUAAAAAGGUAGAAUACCCCAGUUUACAUGAAAGCCAAGCCACCAUUCAAUUAGAAGACAAAUACCAUAAAUACAGCAAAAAGAGUGUUGAUUUAAUCCAAAGUGGACAUGUCAGUGAUCCGGGGAUUGGCAAGGGUGACUUCUGGGCUUCUCCAAAGCUCACGCGAUCUUGGUCUAACCUGGAAAGAAGGGAUGUACUGAGGAAGACACCUCAUCACUUUCCAUCUCCAAAGUCACAGUCUUUUGAGGAUUUACAGGAAUUAUCAGUAAAUCAGAUGGGUGUUCUAGAAAGCCCCAGGUCUGUGAUGACAGGCUGCAGUGCUGAUAGAGUGAUGUUGAAACGGCAUUCAUCAAGUCAUGUUCUCCCUUCUGGAAGUAAAAGAUUGUGGUGGAAGUUGUUCCUCUGGAACCACAGAAAUAUACACAGACCUCAGUUAAGCAAAUUACCACAAUCACAUCCUGCAAGUGCUGCUUUAAAUAGACAAUGCGGGUACUCUUCGGACACCCUUGAACCUAAACAUGGUAAGGCAUGGAGACAUGUGGAGUCACCCUCACCUGCGUCAUCUUCUGGGGAGUACUUUGCCAAAAGUUUCAAUGAUAAAAAUAUCGACAACCAAAGGUGGAGCAGAUUUCAGAAAGAAAGCACUAGUUUUUGGGCACAAAACCAAUGGGUAGCUUUCUCAACAGAAUCCUCCUCCUUUAACAGAGUGGAUGAGUGGGUGAGAAAUCUCGAAAUCCAGCAGACACCUCAGGAGGAGGAUUUUGAUCAUGACGAUAUUGGAAGCACUAUCUUCCCACCUUCACCUGAAACUGGUAGAUCAAUGGCAAGAAGCACAACUCAGUUGGUUCGACAUCCAGAUGCAAAUCUUUCAAAGGAAAUUCUGAUUGCCAAUAGCGUGGUACAGUCUCUGAAUCCAGCCUCAACUGUAGCUCACAUAUCAGGCAUUGGAAUAAAAGCCAUCCCUGCUAUUUCACACUUCUCCAGUCUCCGCUCUGUCAAUUUGUCAAGCAAUUUCAUAGUUCACAUCACACCUGCAUUUCUCCCAAAGGGUAUUCAUACACUUAAUUUGUCAAGAAACAAAAUCAGCACCGUUGAGGGCCUCAAAGAAUUAACCCGGUUGCGGGUACUUGACCUAAGUUAUAAUCGUAUCUCAAGGAUAGGACAAGGGUUAUCAAAUUGUACACAAAUCAAGGAGCUAUAUCUUGCCGGAAACAAGAUAAGUGAUGUUGAGGGGCUGCACAGGUUACUGAAGCUAACAGUUCUGGACUUGAGCUUCAACAAGAUCACAACAACAAAGGCAUUGGGCCAGCUGGUGGCUAACUACAACACACUUCAGGCUCUGAAUCUGCUUGGAAAUGCAAUUCAAAGGAACAUCAAUGAUGACCAGCUGCGCAAAGCAGUUUGCGGUCUUCUUCCAAAGCUUGUGUACCUGAACAAGCAAUCUAUCAACCCUCAAAGGGCACGUGAAAUACUCACUGAUAGUGUAGCCAAAGCUGCACUAGGGAACAGCAACCGAGGCUCUUCCAAAAGAGCACUCAAGAAAGGCAGCCAAGGAGGACCGAGUUCGUCCAGUGUGCAUAGAGGCAGUGCUAGUGGUGUCCAGAAAAGUAAACGGUCAAGGAGCCAAACUAAACAUCAUUAGUUGUCAGUAAAAGGAGUAUUUAUGUUUCUCAGACUUGAUAUUUCGUCGAAUAUGUUUUUACCCUAUUUUGCCCCAACCUGCUGGAAGGGGGAGACUUGGAAUUAUAAGGUUUGUUGUCCUGUGCCAAGGAGGUCUCAUGUUCAAGGUAUGUAAUCAACCUCUUGUAAAUCCAAGGUAAAUCUACCUUACAAUAAACCCACAAUAAGUUUCUCUUCCCUAGAUCUUGCCAUGGUAGGGCCUUUCCAGCACCAGGUUUGCUGUUUUGUUUCAACCUAUCACCCACCCAGUGGGACAUGGCUGGUGUUGAAAUACGACAUGUGUUUCCUUCAACCCGUUAUUGUGAGCGUUUGAUAUAUUCCACAAAGGAGACUAUGAAAACAGUCUAUUGGUUUAAGAGUUGAUGUAAUGCAAUCUUCAUUAUUUACAAUGUUGUGAAACUUGAUAUCAUUAUCUGGUUUCGCAAAAUCUAUACGCAUCAUGUACUCAAGUAUGGUUGUAUGAAUUGCUGAAGUUGUCACCAAUUCACCAUCAUUAUCA